AUGGACCUGGACGACCAAUUCGCCGAGCUCAACAACGCAUUCACCUCCUGGCUCACGGGCCCUACUUGCAAUGUCACUUUGAACCCGAAGAUUGGUUUGACAGAUCUGCGCGCUUCAUCCGCCGGGAGAGGCGUUGUUGCGACCGCUCCACUCGACGAAGACGAGACUGUAUUUUCAGUCCCGAGAUCCAGCGUGCUAUCGGUAGAAAACUCAGAGCUACGUCAAAAACUAGGCGAAGAAUUGACUUCACUAGAUCCAUGGCUGGCACUCAUCUUGGUUCUCAUCUACGAGACAAGGCCGUCCUCGCCAUGGCGACCAUACAUCGACGUCCUCCCGGCGUCGUUUAAUACGCUCAUGUACUGGACCAACGACGAGCUCUCAGAGCUCCAAGCCAGCGCCGUGGUGGCGAAAAUCGGGAAACAGGACGCCGACGAAUUGUUUCGCGACAAAUUGUGGCCCAUUGUCAAAAAACAUGCUGGAAUGUUUUCCGACACAAUUAUUGCGCCAGGGCUCGCAAUCGAUGCGAUCGACAACUUACUCGACGCAGCACACAGAAUGGGGAGCAUUAUCAUGAGCUAUUCGUUCGACCUAGAAGUCGUCGGAGAGAAAAAAGGCUCCGAUGAAGACUCCGACUCCGAUGACGAGGAUGAGGAGGGAAAGUUCUACAAGGGAAUGGUCCCAAUGGCCGAUAUGCUAAACGCUGACGCCGACCGAAAUAAUUGUCGCCUCUUCCAAACGCCGACGGUGCUAGAGAUGCGCACAACCCGCGCAGUCCCUGCGGGCGAUGAGCUCUUUAACGAUUAUGGCCCGCUCCCGCGCUCCGACCUCCUCCGAAGAUAUGGUUACAUCACGCCCAAUUAUGCACAAUACGAUGUAGCCGAAAUUUCAUCUGAACUGAUUGUAGGAAUUGCGGGAAAAGCGCUUGAUGGGAGCGAUAAGACGGAGCGGAUAGACUAUCUACUGGACGAGGAGGUUCUUGACGACGCCUUUGACAUUGGCACCGAUCUAGAGAUCCCAGAAGAGGUUUUGGCAGUCAUUGCCAAUUUCUUGCUUACAAAGGGUGAAUUCUCGGUGCUCAAAGGGAAAGGAAAAGUCGCAAAGCCCAAAAAGACGCCUGAGGUUGCAAAGGUCAUGGAAGAGAUUCUGGAGAAGCGACUGGGUGAAUAUGGUACCACAAUUGAGGACGAUGAAAACAUCCUACGCGGCGAAAGCACGCAAGGCAGGAAGAUAAUUGCAAUUGAGGUUCGAUUGGGCGAGAAGAAAAUACUAAAGGGCGCAUUGGAGAAGGUUAGGGGCUGGACACUAGUUGAGAGCGCCAAACGAACCCACAGCAGCCAGGUCGAGGAUGAAAGAGGGGAGAAGCGAGUAAAGACCCGGUAG